AUGAGCUCACAGCCAUCUUAUCUGAUCAUUGGGGCUGGAGUAUUUAGUGUUUCCACUGCCUAUCAUUUGAUCAAGAAAUACCCCGAAGCUUCCGUACAUCUAGUGGACCGAACACCGUACCCCUGCCAACUCGCCGCAUCUUGGGACUGGAACAAAGUCGUCCGUGCUGACUAUGGGGAUCUCUUCUACAUGGAGAAAGCAUUGGAGGCUAUACAGUUAUGGCGAGAAGACCCACUCUUCAAACCGUUCUAUUACCAGAGCGGCAUAAUCAAAAUCAACAAUUCCGAUCUGGGCAGAAACACAUUGGAAAACUACAAGAAGCUCGGUGUGAAGGUCAAUGCAAAGAUCGUCAGCCCAGAUCGCUUCAAGGAGGAGUACGGUUCCUUUUUCGAGCAUACCGACUUCUCGGAGGCCAAGGAUGUGUUUGUGAAUGAAGACAGCGGAUGGGCUGAAGCUGCCAAAGCACUUACCGCUUAUACUGAUGCAGCAAUAAAUUCUGGUGUCAAAUACACUGCAAAGGAGAUCGAUGUCUUGACGUUCGGUACUGACGGCGGAUGCACUGGAGUUCUGACCAAGGAUGGUACCAACAUUACAGCAGACCGCAUCGUCCUAGCCACUGGUGCAGGAACAGCAAAACUGCUCGCCGACAGUGCGCCUAGCAGAAAGGAAUUGCAAGUCAACGGCCGCCUCGUUGCUGGAGCCGUGAUCACUGGUAUCGUCAACCUCGAUCCAAAAAACGGCCAACAGUAUACCAAAACACCAGUGACUGUACAUGGGGUCCCACCCACACGUGGAGAGGUAAUGCCAUUGACAGCACCUUUAUCCGAGAAAGAGCCAUAUACAGUCAAAUUUUGCAGAGACGAAGCCUACAAAAACACAAUCAAACACGAGGCAUCGGGCCAAGAGUUCUCUUCUCCACCGAGUGAACCUAACCAGGCACAAAGGCGACCAAACGAAGGUCUAAAGAAACGUCUCGAUCUCGUUAAAGACGGUAUACUGGGCGAGCCAGGGAAAGAAGUCAAGUUUGACGAAUAUCGUGUCUGCUGGGAUGCUGGUCUGUAUCUCGCAACAGGAGGUUCGUUUCAUGGUUGGAAAUUUAUGCCUACAAUCGGCCGCUAUGUUGUCGCGAUGCUGGACGGCACACUGGACCCUUCUCUUGCAAAGCGGUGGGCAUGGGAUCGCGAAAACAACGGAGGCGGUGCACAUUCACACUUGCUUCCAAACAUUGAGAUGCGUGAUUUGUGA